UUGAUAUAUCAAGAACACCAUCGGCAGCAACUGUACGUCAACAACAACAACGAGGACAGUCUGAUUUGGAUCAAUGGAAGGCCGAUAUGGAAAGGAAUUGGAGUCAAUACAGGAAAUAGAAACAACAAUCCGGAGGACAACAACACAACAAAAGGUGUUUACAUCAAUGGCAACUGGAGGUCACUCUGGCAGAGGAGGUAGUGGUGGAUAUGGUAGGACUUCAACAGAAGACGAAAAAUCUAAGAAAACAUUUGCAGAAAAACUUAGAUUAUUUGGUGGAGUGAGACAACAAACUGAUGACACAACCGGAUCAUCAACUGGUGAAACUAGUGGUGCUGACAGUGGUUUCGGUAAUCAGAAUACUGAACAAGAGUCCAGCGUAAGACCAAAACCACGACAUAACAAAAGACCUGCACCUCCGCCGCCACGGCGUACAACACUUCCAUCCGGUGUAACCAUUAACUCGCCAGAAGUGGUAGACCUAAUUCGUGAUCGAUGGAAAGGUGUGGAUCAACCAAAAAAUUUGUGGCAAUUCCGUCCGCGAACCAAAUCGAAUGACUCGGAGGACAUCGAGACACCGUUGGCUGAGCUUAGGUAUAGACUAAAGAAGGAGAUCGACAAUGAAAGACAACAACACAGUCGCCAAAGUUUAAGUAACAGAAGUAAUCGAAACUUUUUAUCAAUUCAACAGACAUUUAUGAAUCAAUCGCCUAACGAUGUACUCAGUGAUAGACAUUAUUCAAGUCAGGGCCGUUGGUUUCCAAGACGUCGACCAGUUCCAGGUUCUGGUGUGACCGAUACUCCUCAGCAUAUAUUUGGUUCGCAGAAGAGACAACCAAUUUAUACCAAACCCUCCCGAUCCUUAUUGGCGAAAAGUGAGACAAAGAUCGGGAAWAAGAGAUCAACAGUGGAGAGAGCUAUUCCCAAACCGAGAACAUCGCAGAGCUCGGCGCACAUACCAGACAUCACAGUAUGAGGUAAGAGAUCAACAAUUAAGUCGAAUCAAACAUUUGAUGAGUAAAAGGAGAGAUAGUAUCCGAAGAGGUUUACCCCGGACUAAGGAUAUGUAUAUGACUAAUCCUCAGUUACCUCCAUCUGGAUAUAGUCUUCCACCAAGACUUCCCAUAAUUCCCGAAUCAUCAUCAGAGAGUCAGUAUAUGCCCUAUAGUAGCCAAACUAAUUAUCCAAUUAGUUAUCCUUCCCGGUAGAGAUAGUAACACCGUUUAUGGUAAUACCAGUGCUAAUAUAAACAUUUCAGAUAUGGAAAAAUAUUGGAAUCAGAAUCAGGAAAUGGAUCCAGACUCSGAAUGGGAAGAUGACUAACAAUUAGGAGUUAAGUUUUUAGAUAAGAUAUCUAUUARUUAAAAUUUAAAWGUUAAAAAAUUCAUUAUAU